UGGGGGGGGGGGGGGGGGGGGCGGAGAAGUUACUCAUUUGCCCGAUUCCGCACGGUGAGUCCAGGGGAGAAGCCAGUGCACCACAGCCUUGACAAGCAGCACAGGGGAGCUCGGCUGCUGCCUGCAGGACUGGACCGGACAGGGGCCACUGGGCUGCGUCUGAGCGUGGUGGCCCUGGGGUCCAGACGAACUGCUCUACAGAUUAGGCGUUUGCCUUCUCUUUCCUAUGAUGGCCAGAGUGCCCUGUGCUAAGAGAGAGUGUCAAAGAAGACCUCAAAGUCUGGAGAAAAAUGAUCUUUCAAGAAAUACAAAGCAUACCUCCUGCUCCAUGUUUUUGCCUUACUAACCUCUGCUAACUGGGACACAUGGCCCUGGGCCUACAGAAAGCCAACUGACUAUCAAACUCCGCACCAUGCAUCACCUGUUCAGACUGGUCUUGGGACAAAAAGAUCUUUCACGAGCUGGAGACCUCUUCUCCUUGGAGGACUCUGAGAUUGAAGACAGCCUGACAGAAGCUCUGGAGCAAAUUAAAAUAAUUAGCUCAUCUUCGGAUUAUCAAACCAAUAACAAUGACCAGGCCGUGGUUGAGAUCUGCAUCACAAGAAUCACCACAGCCAUCAGAGAGACAGAGUCCAUUGAAAAGCAUGCGAAGGCCCUCGUAGGGCUCUGGGACUCCUGCCUGGAGCACAACCUGAGACCCUCCGGGAAAGACGAAGACACCCCCCAUGCAAAAAUCGCCUCCGAUAUCAUGAGCUGCAUUUUACAGAAUUACAACCGGCCCCCUGUGAUGGCACUAGCCAUCCCCAUUGCGGUGAAAUUCCUCCACAGAAGCAACAAGGAACUGUGCAGAAAUAUGUCCAACUACUUGUCCCUGGCUGCCAUCACCAAGGCGGAUCUCCUGGCUGAUCACACAGAAGUUAUAGUGAAGAGCAUACUCCAAGGUAACACCAUGCUGUUGAGAGUGUUACCUGCGGUGUAUGAAAAGCAGCCUCAGCUAAUUAACCGGCACCUGACGGAACUCCUGGCCUUGAUGCCGCAGCUGGAGCAGCCAGAGCAGUACCAUCUCCUGCGGCUUCUGCACGUAGCUGCCAAGAGAAAGCAACCAGAGGUGGUUCAGAAGUGUAUUCCUUUCUUAAUUGGGCAUUUGAAGGACUCAACCCAUAGUGACGUCAUCCUAAACAUCCUCAUAGAGAUCGCAGGUUAUGAACCGGUGGCUUUGAGCAGUUUCCUUCCAAUGCUGAGGGAGAUUGGUGAGAGAUUCCCCUACCUCAUUGGACAGAUGGCGAGGAUUUAUGGAGCUGUUGGGCAUGUGGAUGAAGAGAGAGCCAGGAGCUGCCUGCCAUUUCUGGUGAGUCAGCUGGCCAACAUGGAGCACUCCUUUCACCAUAUCCUCCUGCUGGAGAUUAAGAGCAUCACAGACACAUUCUCCUCCCUCCUGGGCCCUCAGAGCAGAGACAUCUUCCGCAUGAGCAACAGCUUCAUUGCCAUUGCCAAGCUCCUUGCCAGACAACUGGAAACCACCAAGCCCCAAAGUGGCAGGAGAAAAAUCAGCACUGAAAUUGAAUUCCCUGAGAAGCUAGAAGGAACCAAGCUCACCACAGCUGAAAAUGAAGACCAGGAAAAGCUCCAUGUUAAAAUACAGGCUUUUGAAGACAAAAUAAAUUCUGAGAUCAAUACCCCUGGAUCUAUCAGAAGAUAUAGUUUGGGCCAAGUUUCCAAGGAAGAACGAAAAGACAUUAGAUUUAACAGGUCAAAGAGUCUGGCUCUGCACACAGUGCUCACAAAGGGCAUGAGUUCAGAUGACGGGGAAGUUGUUGAGAGAGGAGAUAUACCAGCCAGCAUCUCCCUUUCAGAAUUAGCCUCACUUGGCCACGGAAAUAAGUCGUCCUUUAAGGCCGACACUGAUGGAUCACAGCUGGGAAAUUCUUCAAUUUCACACCCAAGCAUUAUACAUAUAGAGUCAGAGAAUCUGCCAGAAACCGUAAAAAAAAACUAUCAGGAAGACACUCCAGAGACAACUGUAAGCCCUGUAGAAUACCAAGAUAAGCUCUACUUGCACUUAAAGAAGAACCUCAGUAAAGUGAAAGCAUACGCCAUGGAAAUCGGAAAGAAGAUUCCAGUCCCUGACCAGUGUACCAUUGAAGAUUCUGUUAGAAGCUGUGUAGCCAAGUUGUUCUUCACCUGCUCCCUGAAGGGUCAUUACUGCCUGUACAGUAAGUCCAGUUUUAUUCUCAUCAGCCAAGAGCCUCAGCCAUGGAUCCAGAUCAUGUUUCUGUUUCAGCAGAGCCUAUUUCCGGAGCCCCUGUCUAUCCAGAGCCGUCCUGUGCAAUUUCUCAGAUCUCUGUGGGAGAAGACCCAGGUAGAGGGAGCUCAUAGCUUCGAAACAGCCAUGCUGGAGUCCACAUUUCCACAGCAGAAGAUGAGUGUGGAAAUUUGACUUUUUGAACCAAGUCAAAUAGUCUGUCACAUUGGUUGGUUCUUAAAGCGUUCUUCAAACUUCUCUCUGAAAUGAAUGAAACAAAGAUGAGUGCCUUCUUCCAGCCACUCGGAGCCAGACCCAUAGUCAGAAUUGCCAGGACUUGCGGAGAAGCAAUCCAGUGCUUCCCAACAUACAGGGACUCCAAGGAGAGGAAGAUAGUCACGUCUUUGCCAUGAUCUCCAGUAAAAGUAAGAAACUUGCCACCUUGACCUCAUCUAUUCGUGUGUGCCUGCAGUCAUCUUACUAAUUUGGAAUAGAAAAGGGGAGACAGUGCAACAUGUGUAACACCUGUGUUGAAUACUGAACCACACUGAGUUCUUCCAGAUCAGCGCCCUUGCUGCCUCUGCUAAGAGUCUGUCUCUCACCUGUUGUCCCACCCUCCCUCACAUACAGCUCAGCCUUCUGCCAAGUGUCAGAAAAGGUCCAUUUUCACACGUCACCCUUCCUUCCAUAUUGCACAACCUGGGAUAAUAACAUCUCUGAUUUUUAAGAAUGGAAUUUUUGCUCUUGCAACCAGCUUAUAUAUGUUGUCCUCUGAAACCUAUUGUAGUGAAGCCCAGGAGGGCUGACCAAUUCCACAAAUAUCAAUUAAUGGAGACAGAUUGGCCAGCCCCAUAUCUGUUCCCAAGGGUGUAGGAUGAAUUUCCCAGUCAGUGAAUAUCCGAAAACCUGCGGGAGCUUGUUGAGAAAUGUAGGCUCCUGGCCUGAACACAGGCUUAUGGGAGUGGAACCGGUAUCUGGUGUUUAUAACAACUUUCCCUGGACUCCUGAGCACUGGUGAUCUGGAAAAGAUGAGAGUCUUGAGAGCAUGAAAUCAACAUGCUAUCAUGAUGAAGUCAGACAAACAUUCUUCUUCAAUUACUAACAUUGUAUUCUAAAAACUUGUUUCAUAAAAUUAAAUAAAAUGGGUUCCUGUAAUACACAUAGAGAUGCUUGUAGAUAUUUUUUAAAAGAAAUGUGUUCUGAAAGAGCUUUAUGGCCAUAGUUGAAUAGACAUAAAAAAUGAAACCCUAAAUCCU